UACGGAAUCUGUUUUAGAAGAACAAUGUCAUGGUGAUGUUGUGUACAAUCUGCAUUGGUGUCACAAUAAUAAAAUUAUUGCCCAGGCAACGGAAGAUUUAACCAGCACAAAUCAGAGAUUUUAUUUCGCAACCCAGAGUUUAAAGGUUUGGCUGUGGAAAAUACUGUCGCAGAAUCGCCUUUUGCGUACAGAAUUCUAGCACAGCACGUGAUGUGAGGAUGUCAAUCUCCCUUCCAGAGGUACAGAGAGAUCCAGCCUUUGUGCUGUUCUUUCACAAACUGGGGCUGAGCUAGGGCCCAUGUUAGCUGUGAGAAGAGGAGAAAAUAGGAAAAUAGAGGGGAAGAGUGGAGAGGAAAGAAGAGCGGAACAGAGGAAAGGCAAAGGAGAGAGGAGAUGCUUGCUGCGGUAGAGAGAAUAAAGCAGGGCUUUGUUUAGCCCGGGAGAGAUCCGUUACGCUGUGCUUUGUCCUGGUCUCGUCUCUGCUCGUCUCCUGAGGAUCAGUGAUCAGUGAGAGCUACAGGAAAAAGGAACAACCGACGCCCUGCUUGGCUGCUGUUUAAUUAUUGAAGCUCCUGGCUGUAACUAGAAUGGUGUGAUUGUGGAGAGACUGUGCUGUGUGGAGGGGAAGGUGUCUGGCGUGGUGGAGGAGACCUCCCCUUCCUCCACUUCCUCCUUCGAGUUGGUUGACAUGGAGCCAGCCCCACCCCUGUACCAGCCCGUGCAACCCCAUUGGUUCUACUGUCGCCGUGCCGACUCCAAGGAUGUGUGGCUCCCUUUCAGCAGAGAGGACUCGGAGAGACUGGAACAGGCCUUGUCUACCGGAGGAGAGGAGGAGGUGGUGGUGGCAGUAGAAGGGGAGAGGUAUGACGUGCGUGUUCGGGAGCGGCAGAGGUAUGCGGUGUACUGGGAGCAGGGCCCGUCAGAGGUGCGACGCUGUACCUGGUUCUAUAAAGGAGAUAAAGAUACCAGAUACAUGCCCUAUCCUGAGGAGUUCAGCACCAACCUGGAGGAGGCCUAUAUGAUAGCAGUGACUCUAGAUGAGUGGAAGAGGAAGCUGGAUUUUCCUUCAGGAGAAACAGUCAUCCUGCACAACCCUAAACUGAUCAUGCAGUACCAGCCAAUCGCGUUGCAGGACGAGUGGGUCUCCUCUCCCUCGGAGCAGACUCGCCCACGUACUGUCAAGAGGGGUGUCGACAACAUCACAGCAGAGAUACCUGACGGUGAACCAGAGACAAUAGAUCACCUGGUAUUCAUGGUUCACGGCAUCGGCCCCGCCUGUGACAUCCGCUUCAGAUCUAUCAUACAGUGUGUGAAUGACUUCAGGAGUGCGUCCCUAUCCCUACUGGGGAGCCAUUACAGGAGAGGCCAGGAGGAGGGCAGGGUGGGCAGAGUGGAGUUCCUACCUGUCAACUGGCACAGCGCACUACACGGAGACGCCACUGGAGUAGACGAGGACAUUCAGAGGAUCACUCUCCCCAGUAUCAGUCGUCUGAGACAUUUCACCAAUGACACUCUGCUCGACCUGUUCUUCUACAACAGUCCUACCUACUGCCAGACCAUAGUGGACACUGUGGUCUCCGAGGUUAACAAGCUCCACUCACUGUUCAAACACAGACACCCAGAGUUCACAGGAGCAGUGUCUGUGGUUGGACACAGCCUGGGCUCGUUGAUCCUGUUUGAUCUGCUGACCAAUCAGAAGACAGGAUCAGGAGAGGCAGACAGAGAUGAGGGUCGUAACCGUGACCCCUGCCCUCUGACCUGUGAUGCAUUGGAGCAGGCUCUAUGCAGAAUGGGCCUCCAGGAGCACCUGGCUACACUACAGCGCGUGGACCUAGACCUUGACUCACUGGCUAUGUGUGACGAAACGGACCUGACAGACCUCGGAAUCCCUCUGGGACCGAGGAAGAAGAUCCUCAGCUUCAUACGGAAGAGACACUUCCUACAGGAGGGUCGGCAGGGAACGGUGCUUUUGGCCCCCGGGCUGCAGGCCCCUCCAGACCCCUCCGAAGAUUCCCCCUCUCCCACGGUUAGCUUUGGCAACCAGUCUCCAGGGGCGUCAGCACGCCAACAGCAGUUUCUCAGAGCCCAGUCCAUAACCAGCGCCGUUGACUACGAAUACUUCGACGUGGGCAUUGGACAGACCAACGGGGGCAUAGCCAAGGGACAGGUGUCCAUUAACUACCCCCAGCUGGCAUUCCAUCCUCAGACCUUCUUUGCGUUCGGUUCUCCCAUUGGAAUGUUCCUGACCGUCCGUGGACUCAAACGCAUCGACCCAAACUACACCUUUCCCACCUGCAAGAACUUCUAUAACAUAUACCACCCUUUUGACCCUGUGGCCUAUCGGAUUGAGCCCAUGAUUGUGUCUGAGUCAGACCUAGAGCCCAUGCUGAUCCCACAUCACAAGGGCCGCAAGAGGAUGCACCUGGAGUUGAAAGAGAGUCUGACGCGGAUGAGUACUGAUCUGAAGAAUAACGUUCUCGGCUCGUUUCGUACUGCCUGGCAGUCUCUGGUCCGAAUGCCUGUCGCUGCACUGCCCCCUGUGGAGGAUGGAGAAACUACAGCAGAGAGAUCCCUGCAGGAGACAGAGAGUAACACAUAUGCACACACACAGUGUCAGUGCAUUACUGCUCUGCCCCCUGCGGCAGCCUGCGCUGCUGUGAGGGAAAAGAGUAAGGCUGAUUUGUGGACUAAAAUUCUGGAGUGGCCCAAAGCCUUUCACUUACAUUACUUCCAAGGUGUGCAUGAAGAGGCGGAGUCUCCAGGGUCGGGGGAGGACAGGGGGCGUCAGGUGAAGGUGGGGAUGCUGAAUGGAGGGCGGAGGAUAGACUAUGUACUGCAGGAGGCACCCAUUGAGAGUUUCAACGAAUAUCUGUUUGCCAUCCAGUCCCACCUCUGCUACUGGGAGUCUGAGGACACUGCUCUGCUGCUGCUAAAGGAGAUCUACGACAAACUGGGUGUGGCCUUUGAGCAGCCACAGCAAUAACAAAGGCUUUAUAAACACAGAGACCGGUAUAAAGGCUUAAUAACAACACAUGAAUUCCAUGGAGAUGCACCGAUGAGGCCCUUUGCUUUAUUAGGAACUGAAAGGAGUAAGACAAGUAAGUCAGUAAAAACACAGAGAUAUAAAUAUUGAAUAACCACAGAGUUUUAAAGGCUUUAUAAACACACAGAGGGCUAUAAAGUCUUUAUACAUACACAGAGCGUUAUUUAUAAGUUACUAAAAUGUAAUGAAAGCAACAUGAAAAGGGACAUGCAGCCACUGCUCUCUCCCAGAAUGCCUUGUGUCUGAGCCUCAAAACCGUUGAGUCACCUCCUCGGACAGAUGGCGUCUGCCUCUGGGUGUGUGUGGCAGAGAAGUGUUCCUUGAAGAACCAAACCUGUCCCAGCUGACAUGAAGAGCACUGGAGAACCCAUUGGAGAUGAGCUCUCAAGUACAUUUCGAUCUCUGAAAUUUCUCGUCCUGUGACCACAUGGGCAGCAACAUUGAAGACUAUCCAAGUGAUCCCUCUACCCAACUCUAUGGGAGAACUAUAGUGAAGACUGGUUUUCCAUUUUCCUAAAACCACACUGAAGGAUCUGGGUUUGAGCCGCUGGAUCCUCCUGUUGCAGGGGCAGACUGCAUUUAACAUGUGUGUUUCUAAAGAAUCAGAUCCUGUUUGAUCAUGUCUGGAUCAUAACUUUUAUAUACGUUAUUUUCAGGUCAUUUCUUUUUACUUUGCCUUAGACUUGACAUGUCCUAUAAUACAUUUACAACGACAGAUCAUGCAGGAUGAUAAUACCUCUCCUGUGUGUUUAGUGCAUGUCUCCAGAAGGUUGUAUACCAGUACGUACUUGACUACCAAAAAGGUAACACUUUACUUAGAUGCUGCUUAAGGCUUAGAAAAUCAUGUUAUAAAGGGCAUUACAACUCUUUACGUCAUGCAUAUGAAGGCUGCAUGUCACUCUUAAUUAAAGUGUUACCAUAAAAAGUACUCCACCCAUAAUUCCAGUGCAAUGUGAUGUUCUGAUAAUCUCACUCCUCUAGAUUAACUGACUGACUAUAGAUAAUUACGUUUUUGGACUUAUUUGUAUCAUGUAAAAGCUAAGUAUUAAAAUGAGUGUAAAAAAAUAGCAUGAUAUAUCUUUAAUGGAACUGACAAGACAUUUUUCCUCCAAGUACUUAUCUUAGAGGAAGGUAUGUAUCAGGGGAGAAAAGGGAUAGGGUUGUUUUCUUUCUAUGAGUGUGUAUAAAUCACCCCCCCCCCCCCCCCCCCCCCCCCCCCCCUUGGUGUGUGCCAACCAACCUUUUUAAACUGGUUAGGGCCAAUUUUGCUCGUCGAACAUCUCAUUCCAAAAUCAUGUGCGUUAAUAUGGAGUUGAGUUGGUUCCCCCCUUUGCUGCUAUAACAGCCUCCACUCUUCUGGGAAGGCUCUCCACUAGAUGUUGGAACAUUGCUGCAGGGACUUACUUCCAUUCAGCCACGGGCAUUAGUGAGGUCGGGCACUGAUGUUGGGCGAUUAGGCCUAGCUAGCAGGCGGCAUUCCAAUUCAUCCCAAAUGUGUUCGAUGGGGUUGAGGUCAGGGCUCUGUGCAGGCCAGUCAAGUUCUUCCACACCGAUCUCGACAAACCAUUCUGCAUGGACCUCGCUUUGUGCACGGGGACAUUGUCAUGCUGAAACAGGAAAGGGCCUUCCCCAAACUGUUGCCACCAAGUUGGAAGCACAGAAUCGUCUAGAGUGUAAUUUAUGCUGUAGCGUUAAGAUUUCCCUUCACUGGAACUAGCCUGAACUAUGGAAAAACAGCCCCAGACCAUUAUUCCUCCUUCACCAAACUUUACAGUUGGCACUAUGCAUUGGGGCAGGUAGCGUUCUCAUGUCAUCCGCCAAACCUAGAUUCACCAGUUGGACUGCCAGAUGGCGAAGCGUGAUUCAUCACUCCAGAGAACGUUUCCACUGAGUCCAAUGGCGGCGAGCUUUACACUACUCCAGCCGAUGCUUGGGAUACCCCUGUUUUCAAUACCUCACCUUGCGAGGAUAAUGGCACUGAGCCUUUUUCUAAAAGGCUUUAUGAGAUUAACAAAAUGGGUAAUUGACCACAAAAUCAACAUUUUGCAAUGGCCAUCUCAGUCUCCGGAUUGAAAUCUCAUUGAUAACCUGUGGUUUGAAUUGAAGGGAGCAGUCCAUAAGAGAAGAUGAAGGAUAUGCAGGAUCUGGAAAGAUUAUGUAUGGAGGAAUGGCCUCAGAUCCCUCCCCAUGUAGUCUCCAAUCAGAUAAAACAUUUAAUAAAAAGUCUCAAUGCCUUAAUACUCGCAAAGUAAGGUGUUGAAAACGGGUGUCAAUGCUUUUGACCCCUAUGUUUUUUAGAUAAAAACAUAUAUAUUAUUAUUACACUUGUACAUGUGUGAAAUAUGACAAAUAUAAGCACACACCUAAUUAUUAUUAUAAUAUCAUUUCCCUUUUUUUUAUCAUACAAUAUAGCUCAGUAUUGUAAUUGUAUUUUUUGCUCAUCUUUAUCAAGGGUGCCAAUCAUUUCUGUCCUUACUGUAUCACUGACACUGGUUUCACUGUCAGUCAACCAGCAACAAACCUGCAGUCCUUUAACAUGGCAUGAAUCAUCACUGUGGUCCAAUUAGACCAUAGACCUCCUCACUCCAGCUAGCUCUGUCAGCAGAGGGGAGAACAAUAGCUUUGGUCCAGGGUGUUAGGUGUGGCUUACUGCGACAGCAAGCCACAUGUAACGCCCUGGACAGGACCUAGCUGAACAAUAGAUCUUAGUUUUCUAAUCAUUCUACAAUCACAGAAGAGGCUUUGAGGUUCUGAUUAGGCAGCUUGACUCCCUGCUUAAAAUGUGCUGUGUGAGAUAUCCCUCUGACCCCUAAACCCUGCUUUGUGAGCACUCAUCCUCUCUGCUUUACUCCCGAAUGAUGUAUUUUGUUCUGUUAACCUCAAGUUUUGCACUUGGUGACAUUGUGUAUUCAAACCGCCCCAAAAAUAUAAUAUUAAUAACAUUUAAUAUAAGCUGACAGGUAUACUUUAAUACUUGAUAUAAGCAUGUUCGAGCCCUUAUUAUAAUAGUUUUACUGACUCAAUAGUUGUACUUUAGUCAGGAUUAUUAUGAGAUAAGAUGUUUUUAUAAUGAGCUCAUAUAGCAUUGUAAUGCAUUAAACCUGUCGUGUUACCAAAUGUAUUUUUUUAAAUUCAACCCCAGUACCAUGCAUAGGCUAUACAGUGUGCUUACAUAUUGUUUAUGUCAUAAUAAAACUUUAAAAGAG